AUGUCGUGGGCAGGAUUCAAGAAAAAUGUCAACCGCGCGACGACGCAGGUGAUGAUGAAGACGGGCCAUGUGGAGAAGACCAACGACCGCGACUACGAGGUGGAAGAGAGACGAUUCAGAACCAUGGAGACGGCUUCCUUGCGGUUGCAGAAGGAGGCAAAGGGUUACUUGGAUUCAUUGCGAGCCAUGACUGCUUCCCAGAUGCGCAUUGCCGAGACGAUAGACGCCUUUUACGGAGACUCUGGCGCGAAGGACGGCGUGAGCAGAAGUUACAAGCAGGCAGUGGAGGACCUUGAUGCCGAGACCAUUAAGGCGCUGGAUGGUCCUUACCAGCAAACCGUUCUCGAGCCCAUCUCACGCUUCUGCGCUUAUUUCCCAGACGUAAACGAAUGCAUCAAGAAGCGCGGCCACAAGCUCCUCGACUACGAUGCGCUACGUGCCAAGGUCAAGAAGCUCGUCGAGAAGCCCGACAAGGACGUGACCAAGCUGCCCCGCGCCGAGAAGGAGAUGGAAAUGGCAAAGGCCGCCUACGAGCAGCUCAACGAGCAGCUGUCGUCAGAACUUCCCCAGCUCAUCGACCUACGCGUGCCGUAUCUCGAUCCCACCUUCGAGGCCCUCGUCAAGAUCCAGCUACGCUUCUGCGCUGAGGCGUACAGUCGUAUGGCGCAGGUGCAGCAGUAUUUGGACGCGGAUACGAGAGAACAGUAUGCGCAGGGCCAGCUGGAUCAGCGUGUCGAGCAAGUGCUGCAGGAGAUUCGCGAGCUCAGCAUCAGUGGCACCGUAUGA